CAGUUGGAUCAAGCAGCAGCCAGUCACCACCGCAACCUGACGGACGCCAGAACACACUAACGGUCCCUCCGCAGCCCACAGACCCGCUGUCGGCUGCUAUUUGGGUGGUUAAUCCACUGAUGUUAGCGCUGGAAGUUCUAGUAGAAAUGUGGUAGUAUGUAAAUAAGUUUUGUGUGAUAUUGUCGAUAAAGAGGAAGGCUCUAGGGAGAGAGAAAGAGAGAGAGAGAGAGAGGGAGGGACGCAGCUUUCCGUUAUUUCACUUCCAUCACGCCGCGGCGGCACACGGCACCAUGAGCGUCCCGCUUUACGCACCGACCCCCAUCCAGCCGGCGCACCCGACCCCCUUCUACAUCGAGGACAUUCUGGGGAGGACGGCCACUAACACCUCCUCUUCAUCCGCCUCUUCGUCCUCCUCCUGCUCCACUCCGGUCAUCCCCACACCGACUCUCCCGUCGCCCAACUCCUCCUUCACGAGUCUGAUCUCGCCGUACCGGACGCCGAUUUACGAACCCACGCCGAUUCACCCGGCGCUGUCGCACCACGCCGCGCUGACGGCCACGUACGCCUCCGCCGGGGCUUUCGCCGGCUCCAUCUACCCGUUCCACCACCCGCACCACCGCUCCAUGGGGGAGUACGCACAGGCGCUGCUGAGGCACGACCACCUGGGCAAACCUCUCCUGUGGACGCCCUUCAUCCAGCGGCCUCUGCACAAGAGAAAAGGAGGCCAGGUCCGCUUCUCCAACGACCAGACCAUCGAGCUGGAGAAGAAGUUUGAGACCCAGAAAUAUCUGUCCCCCCCGGAGAGGAAGCGGCUGGCCAAGAUGCUGCAGCUCAGCGAGAGACAGGUUAAAACUUGGUUCCAGAACCGACGAGCGAAGUGGAGAAGACUAAAGCAGGAGAACCCCCAGGCCGGUAAGAGGGAGCUGGAGGAGGACGGAGCGGCCGGCAGCAGCUCCUCCAAAGCGGACGGGAUGAGCGAGGCGGCGGGGAUCCAGAGCCCGGAGCACAGACUCUCCAGCCCGGCCUCGGAGGCGGCGCAGUGCGCAGAGCCGGAGUCGGAGGUGUCGGACGAUACGGACCAGGAGCUGGACAUAGAGGACGAGUUCACAGUGAACCCGCAGUUCUGAGAGCCAGAACAGAGACUGGACGUGAUGAUGGACUUGAGGCUGGUCGGUAGACUAGAUCCUGAUCUGGUAAAAAGCCAGCAGAGCCUCCUCAGGGCGCUGCUGUGUGCCAAAGACUGCCAGUGAUUCCUGGCUGUAGAUGAGUUCCUCUGUACUGUACCAUGUGUCCUACUGGAUGACUCAAAGCUCUUCAGUCUACAGGCCUCUGCCUCCAAAUCCCAGUAAAUAAUCAGUGUGGCGUGAAUUUUGUUUCUAUUAUCUAAGAAACGACUUUGUGAUAAGAAUAAAUCUGACACUUUGUAUAUAGCUCGA